GUAGGAACGUUCAUCGGGUACGUCGGGUACGUCGCGUACGUCGCGUACGUCGUGUACGUCGUGUACCUUAUAAGUGACGCCAUUGCAUCUGCUCAUAAAAAUAAAAAAAAAAAAGAACAUACAAAAAGGUAUCUACAGAUGGGUACAUAACAACUGGAAAUUUUUUUUUUUUUUUUUUGCCUCCCUGUUUGUGCUUAACUGUGCCUUCCAAAUUUGUAUGUACGUGCAGGAGGAAACUUCUUUGGGGCACGACAGAGCCAGCUUCGCCUUCAUCACCCUGUUCGCUCUCCCGAGGGAAAAACGCACCGGCGAAGAGGCGCAUCCGUGUACGCCGCGCUUCUUCCCCCGUAAAAAAGGGGACUUAACCUGGCACAGGCUACCAUUUGAAGGGAACACCAACAGGGAGCGCUUUGAAGAACCACCUUGCGCUGCCGCCGCGCAUAAUAAUGCGUGACUUUUUCCUCUCCCUCCACCCCCCUUGUGGGAAACCAAACGUACCACAUUCUCCCUGCUUUAGGCCUCUAUAAAAAAUUUGCGGCGGUAUAAAUCGAUGGGCGUUUUGCGUGCCAGCGGGGAAAUUUUCAAAGGGGAGCUUUUUUAAGAGGAGUUCCCCCGGAAGGUAUACGCAUGUUCGGGGUAGCGGUGAGUGUGCCUACUAGUUGUGCCUUUGAUUAGUGCAAGGAGCGUUAGCAAGGUAGUGUACCUCACGGGGUAAUAGAGGCCGCUCUUUCGCAGCGUUGUGGGUCCCUCACCUGGGAAGAAAGGGGGGGAAGGCGCACUCGGAAGGUUGGUAGGUAGGUAAGUAGGCUAUACAACUGCCAACCAGAUUGCCCUCGAGGAGUUAAUCAAGAAAAGGGCUCCCAACCGGUGUACCAAGUAAAACAUACACACGCUUCCCCACAGCGCGCUGUGAGCUUCUCUCCAAAAUGGGCAGGGGACUGACGAAGCUGCUCGAAAUCAGCCUGUUCGUCGGGGGGUUCCUCGUCAUCUGGUACGUAACAGGGGAAAAAAUAUUCAGGCGGAAAAAACAAAUAGUAAAGGAAAACAUCCUACUAAUUCUAAGACACUUAUGUUUAGAAAUCUAUAAAGUGCUGAAUGAGACAUCCAAAACAACCAAAAGUGUCUACGACAUGAUCAAAAAUGAACCCAACACAAGCAUAGAAUUGAAUAAGCUGGAAGAAGUGCUGCUGAACAAUGGGUACAAGCAGAGGAUAGAAGACGUAGAGAAAGAAGUGCUAAACAAAUUUGAUGUAACUGUGGAAGAUUUCUACGAAGAAUUGAAAAACUACGAAAAGGAUCCGGACGUACAGAAGGUACUCAACUCUAUUAAAAAAAUGUACCAUGAAGCACUGCUAGGGAUACAGCCAAAGUUACCCUCAAUAGAUGAAAGCAUCUCUCAAGACGUUAUUCUAAAUUUGACUAGCUUGAUUUAUAAAAAAAAGAGAAAAAUUUAUAAAGAAAAAAUAGACUCUAUGAUUAAGAAAAACCAGGACUUUAACCUUAACACCACUUUUUCAAAUGCGGAAUUUUUUAAUAAACUGCAAAAGUCCACAGAACAUGUGGAAGAGCAAGUCGUUAGGGAAAACCAAAAUUUAGUCCCCAAUUUGUUCACCUUUAAAUAUCUCGUGAGCUACUACUCGGAUGAUGUCCUCUUUGUGCAGAGGAAGAAAUACCUGGAAUCGAAACAUGGGGAAAAAAUGAUUAAAAUUUUGAAAGUGAAAAAAAAUAAGAAGAAAAAAAAACUCACCAAGGAUAACCUGAGCAACGGCAGCUUCCAGAGCAGUGGCUUCCAAAACAAUGGCCUCCAAAACAAUGGCCUCCAAAACAAUAGCUUUAAGAGCACCCCUAGCCAGAACUCGCUCACCGAUCACACCAGCUCCGACAGAAACUUUUUUGUCUCCCCCCCGGAUAAGCAGGACCACGUGGGUGAUGGGGAUGAACUGUACCGUAGCGGCAACCAUACCGGUGCUGCAAAAGAUCACGACGCCACGCCGACCUACCUGGAAAUGAUCCCGCCUUACCACCCCGUGGGGGAGCUCUACCAGGGGCAGGCGCAGGAAGGGGAAGGGGACCUCCACGAAGGGGAACAGCACCACCAAGAAGAGGUACACUACCUGGAGCAGGACCCGGACCACCACGAAGGGGAACACUACCUGGAGCAGGAGCCGGACCACCACGAAGAGGAACACUACCUGGAGCAGGACCCGCACCACCAAGAAGAGGACCAAUUCGAAUCCGCCGCUCCCCCUGAGGAGCCCCUAAUCAACUCCGAGCAAAGUGCACAACAUAUGGAGGCGGAUGCGGAGGAGGGAGCAGCUGAGGGGGGCGCGCUACUGGGAGUAGCAUCCCCCUCGGAUGGGGAAGUCAGCCCGGAUGGCGGCCACGGCUGGAUGCACGGAGAACUCUCUCACGGAGAAGGGGACCACACGAAAAUUGAAAACGAUGCGGAGCGGGAGGAUGCAGUACAGGAGGAUGCGCAACAGGACGAUGCGGAAGCAGUGGGCUACCCAGACGGCGGAGCCAAAACGGAGGAGCCAUCGCCAAUUAAGCAAGUCGAUCAGGAUGGCGCCCCGGAUUGGAAUGCCCAGCCGGAGGGGGAGGAGAAGCAAGACGGCCCCGUGGAGGAAGCGCAGCAGGAAAGUCACGUGGAGGAAGCGCAGCAGGAAAGCCACGUGGAGGAAGCGCAGCAGGAAAGCCACGUGGAGGAAGCGCAGCAGGAAAGCCACGUGGACCAAACGGAGCAGCAUAACCAGGAGGCGGAGAAAAGCGCAGCUGAAGAGGGAGGCGCCGUCAACGAAGAACUCGCUCAGGAGGAGCAUGAGCCGAUGAAGGGAGAGGCUGAUGAAGGAAAAGGAGAAGACGAGCCCCUCCCGCAGCAGGAGGACUCGGGCGUCGCAGCCGAAAUGGUAGAAGCGGUGAAGGAGGGGCCGCCAGCGGAGGAGCUGCCAACGGGGGAACUCCCGAAAGAGGAAUACACGAACGAGGAGCCAAACAAUGAGGAGCCUUCCCAUGAAGAGCCCUCCCAUGAGGAGCCCUCCCAUGAGGAGCCCUCCCAUGAGGAGCCCUCCCAUGAGGAGCCGUCCCAUGAGGAGCCCUCCCAUGAGGAACCAUCCCAUGAGGAGCCCUCCCAUGAAGAGCCCUCCCAUGAAGAGCCCUCCCAUGAAGAGCCCUCCCAUGAGGAACCCUCCCUUGAGGAGCCCUCCCAUGAGGACCCCCAAAAUGAAGAACCCGCGGGGGGCAAGAAACCCGGAUUAGGGAAAAACUCGAAGAAAAAAAAGCACGCGCACAAGGAUUCGAAGAAGAAAAAAUAA